AAAAAAAAAAAAAACUACUCCAAAAAAAACCCAAAUAAUAAAAUUGUUGAUUUUCUUAUCAACUCCAUUAAAUCAAAAGUUGAGUUUUUUUUAUGAAUUUAAGCUAAGAUUUUCAUAAAAUCAAAAGAUUCAAAAAUGGGGAGUAAAUGGAGAAAAGCAAAGCUUGCAUUGGGUUUAAAUACAUGUCUUUAUAUACCAAAAACACUUGAAGAUUCACCGGCGACGGCGGCGGCGUCGACGGUGGCCGGAGGAAGAUUUUCCGAUGCUGUUUCAUUGUCUCCGACAACCCCAAAUAGAAAUUCCGACUGUCAUGUUGAUAUGCCCACCACUCCCACCCCUUCAUCCUCUGGUCUUCGUAUGCCUAAACAUCAUACCUCAAAAUCUUCCAAGAAUACUUGUGCGAUAUGUUUGAUGUCUAUGAAACCAGGCCAAGGUCAUGCAAUCUUUACAGCAGAAUGCUCACAUUCAUUCCAUUUCAACUGUAUCACUUCAAAUGUAAAGCAUGGUAACCAAAUUUGUCCAGUUUGCAGAGCAAAAUGGAAAGAAAUACCCUUUCAGAGUCCUCUUACAGAUAUAUCACAGCCAAGGUCUCGGAAUGGACAAGUACAUUGGCCUCAACAUGAUGCCUGGAUGACAGUUGUAAGACAGAUCCCUCCUGCACGAUUGGAUACCAAUCGCAACAUUUCUAAUUUUUUUCAAACUGUGGAACCAAGUGUGUUUGAUGAUGAUGAAGUUGUUGAUCACCGACCCAUGGGAAGCCAGAAAAACUCGUCAACUGAUGUGACUAAUCAUCAUUCGAUGGGGGCAAUAGAAGUUAAAACAUGGCCGGAGAUCUCUGCAGUUACAAAAUCAGCAUCUCACAGCAAUUUUGCUGUUUUGGUGCAUCUCAAAGCCCCUCGUGCUGUUGGCCUUCUAAACCAGAGUGGGAUGCCAGUUACAGGUCAGAAUUCCCGAGCUCCGGUUGAUCUUGUGACUGUUCUUGAUGUUAGUGGCAGCAUGGCUGGUACCAAACUUGCUUUGCUAAAGAGAGCGAUGGGGUUUGUGAUUCAAAACUUAGGCCCUGCUGACAGGCUUUCUGUCAUUGCCUUCUCGUCAACUGCUCGUCGUCUCUUUCCUCUUCGUAGGAUGAGUGAUACUGGUAAGCAAGAAGCACUACAAGCUGUGAAUUCACUCAGUUCCAAUGGUGGGACAAACAUUGCUGAGGCCCUAAAGAAGAGUGCCAAGAUCAUGACUGAUCGGAAGUGGAAAAAUCCAGUUAGCAGCAUAAUACUGUUGUCUGAUGGACAAGACACGUAUACCAUUAACAGUCCUAGUGUAGCUGCUACACAGACUAAUUAUCGAUCAUUACUUCCUGCUUGCAUGCAGCGUAAUGCAGCUUCUUCAGGUCUCCAUAUUCCAGUGCACGCAUUUGGUUUUGGUGCUGACCACGAUGCAGUCUCAAUGCACUCGAUCUCUGAAACUUCAGGCGGAACAUUUUCCUUCAUAGAAGCUGAGAAUGUUAUUCAAGAUGCGUUUGCUCAGUGCAUAGGUGGCCUUUUAAGCGUGGUGGUCCAGGAAUUGUGUGUGGAAGUUGAAAGCGUUCACCCUGUUUUGCGUCUCAAUUCAAUAAAAGCUGGAAGUUAUAACGCCAGUUUAGCAUCUGAUAACAGAAGUGGCAAUAUUGAAGUUGGAGACUUAUAUGCAGAUGAAGAAAGAGAUUUCUUGGUCAUGUUAGAUAUUCCUGAUGAUAGUUCGAGCAACGAUAUGAUGACCCUUGUAAAAGUUAAGUGUACAUAUAAAGACCCGACACAAUCGGACAACUUGGAUUUAGUAACCUUGGAUCAUAUUGGUGAUGUCAAAAUUGAGAGGCCUGACACAAUCGGACAACUUAUUGUGUCAAUGGAAGUUGACAAGCAGCGUAACCGGCUUCAAUCAGCAGAAGCUAUGGCUGAAGCAAGAUCUGCAGCUGAAAAUGGUGAUUUAGCAGCUGCUGUAUCUGUUCUUGAGCGUUGUCGGAAAAAACUGUCAGAAACAGUGUCUGCUAAAGCUGGAGACAGGCUAUGUCUUGCACUGGAUGCUGAGCUGAAGGAAAUGCAAGAGAGGAUGGCAAAUCGUCGUGUUUAUGAAACAUCUGGUAGAGCUUACGUCUUGUCAGGACUAAGUUCACAUUCAUGGCAGAGAGCAACAGCUCGCGGUGAUUCUACAGAUAGUACAAGCCUGAUUCAAGCUUACCAGACACCAUCCAUGAUUGACAUGGUUAGCCGAUCACAAACAAUGUACCUCGGUAGUCCAGCUCCUCGGCCACCUCUAAGGCCUCUACGAUCAUUUCCUGCUCGACAACAGCCUAGGGAGGUAUAUUUCUAGUAAAAAUGUACAUUAAUAAAGAAGAUUUUGGCAGGAAUUGAGGGCAAGACAAAAGAAAAAUAGCCAGUAAAUUGGCUUCAAGAGGAAUUGAGUGAGGGUUAGCAUUAAAAAUCCUAGACCUGAGGCUCUAUCGGAAACAGUCUCUCUACCUCCCAAGGUAGAGGUAAGGUCUGCAUACACUCUAUCCUCUCCAGACUCCGCUCGUGGAACUGUAUUGUUGACUAUUAUGGGUGUAUAAAGGAGAAAUCCUGUGUUCUCUUUUGAUGAGUUUUGGGGUAUAGUCCAUUGUAAUUGUUGGUAUACAGGGGGGGUGUUUCUUGAAUUUAUAUAUGAAAAAUUUCCUUCACUAUUCUAUGUGAAGCUCAAAUUUAGUGCAUCAAUCUAUUUAUUUUUUGGUUUU